AUGUCAGCACUAUCAGACGAGAUAAAUAGCACGCUUAUCGAUGUGCUGAAUGGAUUUUCGUCGCCGGUGAAUGGGGUGCGUGCAGCAGCCGAGGAGGCCCUGAACAAGAACUGGAUCACGCCCGACAACAUCGAGAUUUUGCUACUGUUUUUGGCAGAGCAGGCGGCAUUUUCCACCGAAAUGACACUCUCUGCGCUGUCGGCGGUGUUGUUUCGGAAACUGGCGCUGCGGGCGCCUCCUUCGUCCAAGACGGUGAUCAUCGCGAAGAACAUCACGCACAUCAGCGAGUCGGCGCUAACGCAGAUCCGGAUGACGCUGUUGAAGGGCUUCGUUACGGACCGCCCUGGAGGCAUUCGGCACAAGCUUUCAGAUGCGAUCGCGGAGUGUGCACAGGACGACUUGCCUGACUGGUCAGAGCUUCUUCCGGCGCUUUUCGAUGCCAUCAAGAACGCCGAUCCCAAUUUCCGGGAGUCUAGCUUUCGUAUUUUCACGUCAGUCCCGCACCUGAUAAACGCCGUUGAUAUCAAUAGCGUACUCCCCAUUUUUGAGGCUGGCUUCACAGACGUGGAUGACAAUGUAAAGGUCGCCGCGGUCACGGCGUUCGUGGGAUAUUUCAAACAGCUUCCCAAACAGCACUGGUCCAACCUUGGUGUGUUGUUGCCAAGUCUGUUGAACAGUCUGCCUAAUUUCCUCGAUGAUGGCAAGGACGAUGCUCUCGCCUCGGUUUUCGAGUCCCUUAUAGAGCUGGUCGAACUGGCUCCAAAACUUUUCAAAUCCAUGUUUGACCAAAUGAUCCAAUUUAUUAAUAUUGUUAUCGAGAAUAAAGACUUGGAAACUUCCGCCAGAACUACUGCUCUUGAAUUGCUUACAGCCUUUAGCGAGAGUGCUCCACAGAUGUGUAAAUCUAGCCCCACUUAUGCCCAGUCUUUGAUCAUGAACACCUUGAUUAUGAUGACAGAAGUGUCUAUCGAUGAUGAUCAAGCCUCCGAAUGGCACAACUCCGAUGACACGGAUGAGGACGAUGAAGAGGUCACAUACGACCAUGCCCGCCAGGCGCUAGAUCGUGUGUCUUUGAAAUUGGGUGGUAAAUAUCUGGCCCCUCCUUUGUUCCAAUAUUUGCAGCAAAUGGUGUCGUCAUCUGAAUGGAGGGAAAGAUUCGGUGCGCUGAUGGCUCUUUCGUCUGCGGCCGAAGGCUGUAGGGACGUUCUCAUUGGAGAAAUACCUAAGAUUUUGGAUAUGAUCAUCCCACUCAUCAAUGAUCCCCAUCCCAGAGUUCAAUAUGGUUGCUGUAAUGCUUUGGGCCAAAUUUCGACCGAUUUUGCUCCACUUAUCCAAAGUACUGCGCAUGAACGCAUUAUCCCUCCUCUUAUUUCUAAGCUCGCUCCUCAAUCAGUGGAUCGGGUGCAAACACAUGCUGCUGCUGCCCUUGUCAAUUUUUCGGAGCAUGCAACUCAAGUCAUCUUAGAGCCUUAUCUUGACGGUCUUUUGACAAAUUUACUUACAUUGUUACAAAGCACCAAAUUUUAUGUUCAAGAACAGGCACUGACGACAAUCGCCUUUAUCGCGGAAGCUGCUGAGAAAAAAUUCAUCAAGUACUAUGAUACCCUAAUGCCGUUGCUCAUCAAUGUGUUGAAGACUGACACCGGUAGUGAUAAUAGAUUACUGAAGGGAAAGUGUAUCGAAUGCUCGACUUUAAUUGCACUUGCUGUGGGUAAAGAAAAGUUUAUGUCUCAAUCACAAGAACUAAUAGAGCUCUUUGUGCUUUAUCAGAAUCAUGGAAUCGAGGAUGAUGAUCCCAUGAAAAGUUAUCUGGAACACGGAUGGAGCAGGAUAUGUCGUAUUCUAAGAGAAGACUUUGUGUCACUUCUGCCCGUAGUAAUCCCUCCUCUUUUAGAAACCGCCAAGGCUACCCAAGAUGUCAGUUUGAUCGAAGAGGAGGAGGCUGCUAACUUUCAACAAUAUUCUGAUUGGGAUGUCGUUCAAAUUCAAGGUAAACACAUUGCAAUUCACACAUCAAUCUUGGACGAUAAGGUUUCAGCAAUGGAACUCCUUCAGGUAUACACUACUAUUUUGAAAAACUACUUUGCUGUUUACGUGGGAGAGAUCAUGAAGGAGAUUGCGGUCCCCUCUAUCGACUUUUAUCUGCAUGACGGAGUAAGAGCAACUGGGGCCGGGCUCAUUCCAGUUCUUCUUUCCUCUUUGGUGUCAGCAACGGGCUCACAAAACAAUGAAGUCUUGCAGUUAUGGCACUUGGCGUCCAACAAAUUGCUAAACGGAAUAAUGAUUGAGCCCAUGCCUGAGAUAACACAAAUGUACCACACAGCCUUAGUAGAUGGGCUAGCCAUUAUGGGCGAAAACAGCCUCAAUGAAGAACAGUUGGCGCAAUACACCAAAGGUAUAUCAGCAAAUCUCUCCGAUAUAUACGAACGUGUCAAACAGCGUCGCAACCAGGAGGACGAAUACAACGAGGAUGUAGAUGAUGACUUUGAGGACUACACAGAUGAGGAUCUACUGGACGAUAUUAACAAGUCGUUGGCUGCAGUAUUCAAGACUACUCGUGGAGGCUACCUCAAUCAGAUUCAGGCUUUGUGGCCUUUAAUUAUCACUUAUUUGAGAGAUGGAGAGGUCAUCUUGACCUUAUUUGCUCUCUGUGCAAUUGGGGACAUGGUGGAAAAUGCAGGUUCUGCCACGGAACAACUAAAAAGUAAUUUUAUCAACGAGGUAAAGGAUUGUUUGCUGUCUCCCGAUGCUUCUAUUCGUCAAGCUGCGUCUUACGUCAUAGGCGUUUGUGCUCAACAUAGCCGUGAGAGCUACGCCCAAGAAUGUUUGGAAUCUCUGGCAAUCCUUGCCCGUGUAAUUUCAAUUCCCGAUUCCAAAUCCGAAGAAAAUGUCACUUCGACAGAAAAUGCGAGUGCUGCAAUUGCCAAAAUUUUACACAGUUAUGGUACCACGGUCCCAGAUUAUGACAGCUAUGUUUCUACGUGGUUGAAAUCCUUCCCCAUGAUACAGGACGAGGAAGCGGCCGCUUUCAAUUAUAGAUUUUUGGGUCAUCUGAUUGACUCCAACUCUGCCGCAGUGGCUAGUCCUGCUAUAAUUCCAAGUAUCGUGGAUUAUGUUGUCCAAGCAUUGCAUCACAAGUCGCUAGUCGGAAAAAAUGCCGGCGCUGUGGUCGAAUCUACAAAAAAGCUGCUGGGAUCUCUGCCUCCCAAUGAAGCAAUGUCUUUAUUUCAGAGAUAUCCACCCGACGUCGUCCAAGAAAUGCAGCAUUGGUUCGCCUGA